AACAACAUGUUCACCUUUUAUGUCUGAUGCUGAUUCUUAGCAAGACAAUAUAGUAUGUUGCAAGUGUAACCAGACAAUCACAAAUGAAACAAAAAGGGAUAUGAACAGACGCAGAAGUGAAGUACAAGAGGUGAUGUAACCCUGACAAUGUUAUGGAGGGAGAUGUUUUUAUCUAGUUGUGUCACGUGAUAUUGUUUAUGACAAGGUUAUUCUUAUUAAUAUGUAUAUUCCACUCAACAAUAUUGACCAAGUUUUUUGUUUCGACGGUUGCAUUUAAUAUUUUUGGAGAUUAGGCUUUUAGUAUAUAAUCAAUAGAUCUGAUAUUGGAUGGCGGAAAAGUUCGAGAAGAGGGUGACGCUUUCAGUCGAAAACGAAAAUGGUGAAGUAAAAGAACAUCUGGUAGAAGAAGAAGACAAUACCGACAAGAGAGCGAACUGGGGAAGUCAGUUAGAAUUCGUAUUAACCUGUGUCGGGUUUGCUGUCGGUCUCGGCAAUGUAUGGAGAUUCCCUUAUCUCUGCUUUAAAAAUGGUGGAGGAGCUUUUCUAAUUCCAUAUUUCAUUUGCCUAUUUAUAAUUGGUAUACCUUUGUUUUACCUGGAGUUGUGCCUCGGACAAUUCUGUAGUCUCGGACCUAUCAAAGUAUGGCGGAUAAAUCCGUGGUUCAAAGGUCUAGGUAUUACCAUGCUGGCGAUCUCAAGCCUUGUGUCCAUAUACUACGCUGUUAUCAUUGCAUACUGCACUUAUUACUUCUUUGCGUCGAUGCAACCGGCAGUUCCAUGGAAGUACUGUGAUGAAGCAUGGAGUACAUGUAACUGUCGAGACGGCACUCAGAACGACUCACUUCAAGAUCCUUGGAAUGGCACAAGAUUGGAAUGUUUUAAUUUUACAUAUGAGGAAAAUGCAACAGUGGCAGCAAGUGACGAGUAUUUCAGUAAUAAAGUUCUACAACUUACAAAUGGUAUAGAUAACAUGCAGAAUCCCAAAUGGGAUCUUUCUUUAUGUAACCUGUUCGUAUGGCUUCUGACAUUCUUAGUUUUAUCUAAAGGAAUCAAAUCACUGGGCAAGGUUGUGUAUUUUACAGCAAUUUUCCCUUACUUCCUUCUGACAGCAUUACUUAUUCGUGGCUGUACUCUGGAGGGACACAUGGAAGGGAUUAAGUUUUAUCUGACGCCAGAUUUUGAGAAACUUAAAAAGGCUGAGGUAUGGAGUGAUGCAGCAGUACAAAUAUUCUACUCACUUGGUACAUGUGUUGGGGGUCUGAUAGCCAUGUCUAGUUACAACGAAUUCAGGAAUAAUUGCCUACGGGACGCGUUGAUGAUUCCUCUCAUUAAUUGCCUGACCAGUUUUUAUGCCGGAUUUGUCACAUUUUCUAUACUUGGAUUUAUGGCGCAUAAGAAAAAUACUACUGUGGACAAAGUAGCUGCUGGGGGUCCAGGACUUGCCUUCAUAGUGUAUCCUGAGGCACUAGCACAGAUGCCCGUGUCCCCUGUUUGGGCUGUUCUCUUCUUCCUAAUGAUGAUGAUUCUGGGAUUCAGUUCACUUUUUUCCAUGACAGAAACAGUAAUUACAGGGAUAUACGAUCAGUUUCAAGACUUCAUGAAGAAAGAUAAAAGGCGAUUAUAUUUCUUUAGGCUAUUUGUUUGUUUCUUUUUCUUUGUACUUGGACUCCCUAUGGUUACCAAGGGUGGACUCUAUAUGCUUAACCUUCUUGAUACCUAUGUCGGAGGCUUCCCAUUGCUCAUUGUUGGAGUAAUAGAACUUAUAGUCGUUAUCUAUGUGUAUGGUUUAAGUUUUUCGAACCCUGAGACAGAAAAAUAUCCUAGGCGCUUACUUAGGGGUUUUCUACAUUUCAAGAUUGAUAUAGAGAUGAUGCUUGGUAGGACCAUAUUAACAACUGUGACGUUUUAUUUCUUUGGAGUCAUGUGGUGCGUGGUAGCACCUAUAAUUCUAGUGCUUGUCGUGAUACUUAAAGCACUACAAUAUGAGCCAAUAACGUUAGGCUCCUAUGUUUAUCCUUACUGGGCCAACGCCUUAGGUUGGUUGACUGUUUUGUUUUCCGUGUUCUUCAUACCCGGUUGGUGGAUGUAUUAUUUUAUUACAAAGGACAUUUCACGGGGCUGCAGACCACGAAAUACAUGGGGACCGUCACAGUUGGCGAAAAAGGACUGGUCCUUUUUUAUACAUCCAUUUAAAAAAUCACGGAGUCGAAUAGACCUUCGACGAUUUAGCCAACAACACGUUGUUGCAUCAAAACGAUCACUUAGAUCAAAAUCAGCUCCAUUUCUAGAAACACUAGACGAAAUAACACGCGAGGAAUCUUCAGAUAAACUUCAAGAUAUAUAGUUCUGAUUAACAUACAGUAACUGAUAUUUAUCAGAAAUAUGUUACAGAUUAAAAUCAAUCUUAAGAAACUUUUAAAUACUAGUAUACAAAACUGAAAUUUCAAAGUUGUCUUUUGUAAAUUGUGCCAUAGUUCUGCUUAUGUGGAAUAUAACUGAUGUGAUUUAUAUGAAAAAUAGAGAUGUGUUUACAAUGUUCUGAAAUCAAAAUGUAAUGUUUGUUAUUAUGAAUUUUAUGUGGCUAUACCAAUUAAUUCGAGAAUAUCAAAUUUUAAAGUGUCAUCAAUUGCAA